UUAGUUUUGUUCUGUGCAUUGUCUCUCGUCCUGUUGGGGCAUUGAAUUUUCAACCUUUCCACCCCCACCAAAAAAAGAAAAAAAAAAGAAAAGAAAAAGAAAACAACGUAUUUUUGCAUAUAGAUUCUCUCUUCUGUGCGUCUCUUAGUAUAAUUUGGCAUUCCACAGAUCGAAAGAACAAAGCUUUCCUUUCAUUUCCUUUCCUUUCUCAGACAGAGAAAGAGAGAGGAAACACUUGUAGCCAAGCAAAGAAUCAUUUCAUUGUUUCAUCAUUCUUCCUUCCUCAUUUUCAUAUCAAAUACCAAAUACCCUUUUUCCCUCUUCUUUCAAUUCCAUUACUAUCCCAUUUUAUUUCUCUCUCUCUCUCUCUCUCUCUCUCUCUCUCUAAAACAGAGAAAGGAGGGAGAAAGACCAAUUGGCAAGUUCCGUGUUUCUUCUUCUUCUUCUUCUUUGGAGAUGAAAGUGGUUGUUUUGUGAAGUGGGGUUUCUUUAAUUUUCUCUCUCAAGACUUUUUUCUUUUUGUUUGGUCCCUCAUGGAUACCAAAGGACGCCUCGUUGCUGGUUCUCACAACAGGAAUGAGUUUGUUGUCAUCAAUGCCGAUGAGGUUUCACGAGUGACUUCUGUUAAAGAGUUAAGUGGGCAGAUUUGCCAGAUCUGUGGGGAUGAGAUUGAGAUUACUGUGGAUGGAGAGCCUUUUGUUGCUUGCAAUGAAUGUGCAUUUCCUGUUUGUAGACCUUGCUAUGAGUAUGAAAGAAGAGAGGGAAAUCAAGCUUGUCCUCAGUGCAAAACCAGAUACAAAAGAAUCAAAGGGAGCCCUAGAGUUGAUGGUGAUGAAGAUGAGGACGAUAUUGAUGACUUAGAGAAUGAGUUUCAUAUUGCAAAUGGCGGAGAUCCUAACAACAUUGCUGAGGCAAUGCUUGCGGCUCGCCUCAAUGUCGGUCGUAGUUCCCAAAUCAAUGGUUUUGGGAUCACUACUCCGUCAGAGCUGGAUGCAGCUUCUGUUGCUACUGAAAUUCCUCUCCUGACCUAUGGCCAAGAGGAUACCGGCAUUUCUUCUGAUAAGCACGCUCUUAUAAUUCCCCCAUUUAUGAGUCGAGGAAAACGGGUUCAUCCGAUGCCAUUUUCUGAUUCUGCCACUACCUUUCCACCAAGACCAAUGGAUCCAAAGAAAGAUUUGGCAGUGUAUGGUUAUGGAUCUGUCGCGUGGAAGGAUCGCAUGGAGGAAUGGAGGAAGAAGCAGAACGAAAAGCUUCAGGUGGUCAAGCAUGAAGGAGGAGAGGGCGGCGGAGAAAAUGGAGAUGAUCAUGAGUUACCCACAAUGGACGAGGGCAGGCAGCCACUUUCAAGAAAGCGACCAAUUCCUUCAAGCAAGAUAAGCCCAUAUAGAAUCAUAAUUCUUCUUCGGAUAGUGAUCCUCUGCCUAUUUUUUCACUAUAGAAUUCUCCACCCCGUCAAUGGUGCAUAUGGUUUGUGGUUGACCUCGGUUAUAUGUGAAAUUUGGUUUGCUGUAUCAUGGAUCCUGGAUCAAUUCCCAAAAUGGUGUCCAGUCAUACGCGAAACAUAUCUUGAUCGGCUAUCAUUGAGGUAUGAGAAAGAAGGGAAGCCAUCUGAGUUGGCCAGUAUAGAUAUAUUUGUAAGUACGGUGGAUCCUAUGAAAGAGCCUCCACUCAUUACCGCCAACACAGUUCUCUCUAUCCUCGCCGUAGAUUAUCCAGUCGACAAGGUUGCAUGCUACGUCUCAGAUGAUGGUGCUGCCAUGCUGACUUUUGAAGCCCUCUCAGAGACGUCUGAGUUUGCAAGAAAGUGGGUCCCAUUCUGCAAGAAAUUCAAACUAGAACCGCGAGCCCCAGAGUGGUACUUUGCUCAAAAGGUUGAUUACCUAAAAGACAAAGUAGACCCAACAUUUAUUAAGGAGCGAAGAGCCAUGAAGAGAGACUAUGAGGAGUUCAAAGUUCGGAUUAAUGGAUUGGUUGCCACUGCAAAGAAGGUCCCUGAGGAGGGUUGGACGAUGCAAGAUGGAACUCCAUGGCCUGGCAACAGUGUCAGGGAUCAUCCUGGCAUGAUUCAGGUUUUUCUUGGUCACAAUGGUGUCCGUGAUUUGGAAGGGAAUGAUUUACCACGCUUGAUUUACGUGUCUCGUGAGAAGAGGCCGGGUUUUGAUCAUCACAAAAAGGCCGGAGCCAUGAAUGCUCUGAUACGAGUCUCGGCAAUCAUCUCAAAUGCACCUUACAUACUCAAUGUUGAUUGCGACCACUACAUAAACAACAGCAAGGCGCUUCGUGAAGCCAUGUGCUUCAUGAUGGACCCCACUUCAGGAAAGAAGAUCUGUUACGUACAAUUUCCUCAACGAUUCGAUGGGAUUGAUCGUCAUGAUAGAUACUCAAAUCGGAAUGUUGUUUUCUUUGAUAUCAACAUGAAAGGUUUAGAUGGGAUUCAAGGACCGAUUUAUGUUGGAACUGGGUGCGUCUUUAGAAGGCAGGCACUCUAUGGAAAUGAUGCUCCCAAAAAGAAGAAAGCCCCAAGAAAGACCUGUAAUUGUUUGCCAAAAUGGUGCUGCUUUUGUUGUGGAUCUAGGAAGAAGAACAAGAAAGCAAAGUCAGACAAAAAGAAGACGACGAAAACUAAGGAUGAUACAAAGCAGAUUUAUGCACUUGAAAAUAUUGAGGAGGGAAUAGAAGGAAUAGAUAACGAAAGAUCAUCGCUGAUGUCCCAAACCAAAUUUGAAAAGAAGUUUGGUCAAUCAAAUGUUUUUAUUGCUUCCGCACUUUUGGAAGAUGGUGGUGUCCCCAAGGGUGCAUCUUCUGCAUCACUCUUGAAAGAAGCCAUUCACGUUAUUAGUUGCGGAUAUGAAGACAAAACAGACUGGGGAAAGGAGGUUGGUUGGAUAUACGGCUCCGUUACAGAGGAUAUUCUGACUGGCUUCAAGAUGCAUUGCCAUGGCUGGAGAUCAGUAUAUUGCAUACCCAAAAGGCCUGCAUUUAAGGGUUCUGCUCCUAUUAACCUUUCAGAUCGGCUGCACCAGGUUCUUCGGUGGGCCCUGGGAUCUGUUGAGAUUUUGUUGAGUAGGCAUUGUCCUAUAUGGUAUGGCUAUGGGUGUGGUUUAAAGUGGUUGGAGCGCUUUUCGUACAUAAACUCCGUUGUUUAUCCUAUUACAUCAAUUCCCUUGCUCGCUUACUGCACCUUGCCCGCUAUCUGUCUACUUACCGGGGAGUUCAUCGUCCCUGAGAUUAGCAACUACGCCAGCAUCAUCUUUAUGGCCCUCUUCUUAUCCAUUGCCGUAACAGGUAUUCUCGAGAUGCAGUGGGGUGGUGUUGGCAUACACGAUUGGUGGAGGAAUGAGCAGUUCUGGGUGAUCGGUGGUGUUUCGUCGCACCUUUUUGCUCUCUUCCAAGGUCUGCUUAAGGUUUUAGCUGGGGUUAACACAAACUUCACUGUCACAUCUAAAGCAGCCGACGAUGGAGAGUUCUCGGAGCUCUACCUGUUUAAGUGGACCACUUUGUUGCUCCCCCCAUUGGUCUUGCUCAUCAUGAACGCAAUUGGAGUCGUCAUUGGGGUUUCAGAUGCCAUCAGUAACGGUUACGACACGUGGGGUCCGCUCUUUGGCAGACUCUUUUUUGCCAUUUGGGUUAUUGCCCAUCUCUAUCCAUUCCUCAAGGGUUUCUUGGGCAAACAGGACAGGGUUCCAACAAUCCUUGUUGUGUGGGCAAUUCUUCUGGCGUCAAUAUUCUCACUUUUGUGGGUCAGAAUCAACCCAUUUGUCUCUAAAGGUGAUAUUGUGUUGGAAGUUUGUGGAUUGGAUUGUGACUAAGAUCAGAACAAGGUUGAGAAGAGAUGUUGUGAAAAUUUCGUGUAGAAAAGUUUGUGUAGAAAAAUAUGCACAAGUGAAAAAUGCUUUUUUGGUUGAAGAGAAAAAGGCAUCCCUAUGUCUUCAAAAAAAUGGUCAUCUAUGGUGGAGGAAAACAAAAGGAUGAAAUUCAAGGAGUUCAAUCAAUUGGUUGGGGUGCAUGUAGAUAUAAAGGAAAUGGGAUCUGACACAUUGAGAUUUGUUUAUGAAAAGGGGUUUUUCUUUUGAUUCAUUAUUAUACGUGGACACUGUGUUUUGUUGAAAUGGAUUGUAUUCAAGGUCUGUCUGUAAUUCCAUGAGGGAGAGAGAAAGAGCAUUCAGUGUUAUUUUUGUUUACCUUCCUAAUAAGGGGACCUCCUGAAGCCUCAACAAAGUGUUUUGUCUUGUGUUUGAAAGUGAAAAUCAGGUCACCACAUAGUAUUUAUGUUGCUCUCUCUCUCUCUCUUUGUUGUAUUGUAUUUUUGACUGAAAAAUAAUCUAUCACUCGAAGUGAUAAGUCUGAAUGUCCAAAUUUAUCUGGUGAACAAAAAAAAAAAAAUCUCUUACAA